UUUUUUUAAACCACUAGUACUCGGCGCUAUACAACCAACAUCUACAGCUGCGGCCAAACACAAAGCCGCUCCCAUACGCUGGGUGUAAUGUGUGUGACGGUGCCGGGGACGAGGCUGGCUGUUUAAUGUAGUUCGACAUAUAAAGUUAUCAUGCAUUAUGUUGCUGGAUCAGCAGUGGCCGAGUUUGGAGCAGUUUGACGCGGCUUUGUGCUGUGUCUCCGGAUGUUGGUGAUUCUCCCCUGCGGUUGAGGGAAGGAGCAGCUGAGGAUUUUUAUUCCCUCCCACCCCUCCUCCCCUCUCUCUCUGUAUCUGUCUGAGCGGCCAUGUUAACGAGGAAACCGUGUGCUGUUGCUGUCUGUCCUGCCGGUAGGGCCGACGACAGCUCGGCGUUGCCCCCGGAUUACAGGACGGGAACGGACUGCUCGGACACCCGCAAAGGCGGAGGAGGGUCCCGGGCGGGCGAUCCGCCGUCGCCUUUGGGAUUACCGCCACUCAAGAGCCACACGAUUGGAGGUAGUAAACACAUAAUGAAUGACCACCUGCACAUUGGAAGCCAUGGCCAGAUCCAAGUUCAACAACUUUUUGAAGAUAGCAGCAACAAAAGGACUAUAUUGACCACCCAACCAAAUGGACUUACUGCAGUUGGUAAAAUGUCACUACCGGUGGUUCAAGACAAGCAGCAGGAGGGUUCACACAGGCGACAGGGAAGUUCUGCUUCAGUAAAGUCAACAGAUGGUACUUCAAAAGUGAAAUCCAUUGUCAUGACACCAGAGCAAGCCAUGAAGCAAUAUAUGCAUAAACUAUCAGCGUAUGAACACCACGAGAUAUUCAACUAUCCUGAAAUCUACUUUGUUGGUCCAAAUGCAAAGAAACGGCAAGGUGUGGUUGGUGGCUCAAAUAAUGGUGGCUAUGACGAUGACCAGGGCUCUUACAUCCACGUACCUCAUGAUCACAUAAUCUAUAGAUAUGAAGUUUUGAAAGUAAUCGGAAAAGGGAGCUUUGGUCAGGUUGUGAAAGCGUACGAUCACAAACAGCACCAGCAUAUCGCACUGAAAAUGGUGAGGAACGAGAAACGGUUCCAUCGGCAGGCUGCUGAAGAGAUUCGGAUUCUCGAGCACCUGAAGAAGCAAGACAAAGACCAGACUAUGAAUGUCAUACACAUGCUGGAAAACUUCACAUUCCGCAACCACAUUUGCAUGACGUUUGAACUGCUCAGCAUGAAUCUUUAUGAGCUGAUUAAAAAGAAUAAAUUUCAAGGCUUCAGUCUGCCAUUGGUUCGCAAAUUUGCGCACUCUAUUUUGCUUUGCUUGGAUGCUUUACACAAGAAUAGAAUUAUCCAUUGUGACCUUAAACCUGAGAAUAUUCUGCUGAAACAGCAGGGGCGAAGUGGGAUUAAAGUCAUAGAUUUUGGUUCUAGCUGUUAUGAACACCAACGUGUGUACACUUACAUACAGUCAAGGUUUUACCGUGCACCUGAAGUGAUCCUCGGAGCUCGCUAUGGGAUGCCUAUAGACAUGUGGAGUUUGGGUUGCAUUCUGGCGGAACUAUUGACGGGUUACCCACUGUUGCCUGGAGAAGAUGAAGGGGACCAGCUUGCUUGCAUGAUGGAGUUGCUGGGUACUGCACCUCAAAAGUUUUUAGAUCAGUCAAAACGAGCCAAAAAUUUUGUGAGCUCAAAAGGUUACCCCCGUUAUUGCACUGUAACUUCCUUGCCAGAUGGGUCAGUAGUCCUUAAUGGAGGACGGUCGCGAAGAGGAAAGCUUCGUGGCCCUCCAGGGAGCAAGGAUUGGGUCACAGCCCUGAAAGGUUGUGAUGACCCUCUCUUUCUGGACUUCCUGAAGCAGUGCUUGGAAUGGGAUCCCAUGUUGCGUAUGACACCUAGCCAGGCACUGCGACACCCUUGGCUCCGGAGACGCCUACCAAAGCCUCCAGCUGGUGAGAAAGCUUCAACAAGGCGAACAACAGAAAGCAGUGGUGCUAUUACAUCAAUUUCUAAGUUGCCUCCAACUUCUGGCUCAACAGCAAAGCUAAGAACUAAUUUAGCACAAAUAACUGAUGCCAAUGGAAAUAUUCAACAACGAACAGUUUUGCCCAAGUUAGUUAGCUGAGUUUGAAUAAGUUCAUACCGGAGAUUCAGGGAAAAUCCUUCAUUGAAUCUCUGAGCCUUAUUCAAUUGAACUUUUAUAUAUUUUUUAGAACUUUGUAAUUUAAUGUUUCAAUUUUAAGCACCAUUUGUUAAGAACCAAGAAAAUAAUUAUUCUGAUUGCUGGGGACCAUGCCUUAUUGGAAGUUGGUUUUUCAAGUGAGACUAAAUAUCUUUUCAUUCUGGUAGAUGAAUAUUUAGGUCAGAUCAAAGUUGUCUGAAGAUUUCACCAUUCAUUUAAUAUGGCAAAUUAAAGAUGGUUUAAUUGAUCAUAUUGAUUAGGAAUUUUACCUGUGUUGGUGACUCUUGCUCAUCAGUGGUGAAGUGCAUUUAUUUGUUUUCUAUAAAGCAACUCUUUAAGAAAACCUGUCACGCUGUGAUGCUUCCUAGGACGUGUUGGGACACAUCAUCAGUGAUGUAAUCUGGGGUCAUCAUGUGUUUUGGAUCUCUCAACAUCAGGCACUCUUGUCAGGCGAUGCAGUCAGGGUUGAUCAAGCCCUGGCUUCUAUCCUAGUAGCAUUGAUCCGCAGGUCACACCUCUUGAUCCAUAGCUAUCAGGAGGCUCACUCAGCAGCCCCUGUGAUGCCAAGCAGAGAAAAGGUUCUGCUCAGUGAGCUGCCAGCUCCACCUCUACACCCCAUUUCUAUAGGCUCAAAUUGUGCCUCCUCCCCUGUGAAGUCCUUCAAUUGGGAUACGGUUUUUAAUGUUCCAUUAUUCGUGUUGUAAAUGUCCUUUUUUGUACUACCAUUGUGUUGGUUUAGUUUUUCAAACAAGUCUAAUAACUUGGAAAAUGUAACUGUAAAUGUUUCAAUCUAGAUUUAAGGUUGAUUGGCAUGUAAUCCUUAUUUUAAAUUUAGUUGGAAUACGCCAGAAUGUUUAAGGAAAUUUAUAGAUCUCAUUAUCUCCUUUAACUCUAUCUACCGAAAAUAGCUUUGUUGAGUUAUUUUUUGGUGUCAGACGUGUGAGGAAUAGAAGUAAAUUGGUCAGCAUAGGAAUGUUCAUGUGGACUUUUGAAGAGUAGUUGUCUGUUAUUUUUUUGUUGGUGGUGAAGCCAGGCUGGUGGUGUGGGGUGUGUAUGGGAAGGAGAGAUAUAGAAAACUAGACAGGAAAAUGUAAUGAUCUCAGAGCAUUUCCUUUAUCAUAACCUCUUCGCUGUUGGACAACAUGACCAUUAACCAGGCUAGCAAGAAUCCUCUCUGACAGAAAACUAGGACAUUUUAACAAACCUUUGUAAUCUUUUAAAGGGAAAUAAAAAUUGGUAUGGUUGAAAUGAGUUUGAUACUUGUAAUAUCAAGUGAUUUUUUUUUUCACCUCUAUUUUAAAAAUGGCAUUUUGAAAUUUGAAAGGAUGAAAAUCAAAAAUAAACUUUAUUUUUCCAGUGAGGUAGUUGAACAGUAUAGUACACUAUUAUACCUCGAAGCAAAAUAUAACAUUUCCAGAACUGGGUUUGUUAUUACUGAGUUAUUUUGUGAAAUGUGUUGUUUUGUGGUAGCAGUACAGUGCAAGAUAUAAAAUUCACUGCGUGUUACAAAAUUAGAUCAAAAGACAAAUAAUGAGUUAAUGUUUAUGGUAUAUGAACCGUUCAGAAAUCUGGGAAAGGAAGAAGCUCUUUCAGAACCUUUAUUUUCCACCCCCCCCCCCCAACCCCACAAAUAGUUCAGUUUACUAUGUAAGUAGGAGUACGCUAGGGAUUUUGAUCACUGACUCUAUUUCCACUUUCACCUCUAUGUAAAUGCCAGAAGUAUUGCUGUUUUUCUGUUAAGACUAUAGGCACUGACAGCUGAGUCAUUAUUAUUUGUCUCAAACUCUAGACCACCGUUUCUUUUAAGUUGAAAGGUGGAAUGUCUUUAUUGUAUGAGCAAGCUGAACUUGAACACGAUGCAAAAUUAUAUUACAGAAGCUGAAUUCAAACCUUUUUUUCCCCUUUCCGUGAAAGACCAGGAUUCAAAGCAUGGUCCCCAGUCAGGAUAGUAUAAAGCAAACUACAAUAUAUGCCAAGUUUCUUCAAAUCAAAAAUAUGCAUUUGGAUUUAAACCCUAGAUCUUCACAUGUAAUUAAUCUACAAAUGUUUUUGACAGCCAUCCCAUCUCUGGGAAUAUUUGAUAUGUUUUCAAAUCAGAUAACUGAAAGUUGGUGAUACAAUUGAAACUUUGCAGCAAGUGGGUUUAAGCCAAUAAACCUUUAUUGUUAGAGGAAAAAAAUAAAUCUGAUUCAUGUAUUUCAAUGUUUAUUGCAUUUUCAUCUUGGUGCAAUAUUUCAAAUAACAGACUAUUCUUUUUGUAGUAUUUUUAUGCUUUAUAAUAUUUUUAAUUAUGUUUUAACUUUACAGUAUCACUGAAAUACCACUACAAAUAUUGUUGUUGUGCAUUGGAUUUAUACGAUUUACCAGAAAGAUAUUUUUGUAUUUAAAUUGGCCUGAAAGUUAUUUUGAGCAAUUCUAUUUGUGCUCACUUGUUGAAAAAUUUCUCCAAUCAAAGCUUUAUUUCUGUUGCACAUGCUGUAACUAACUAUUACUGGUAAUCACAGUCCAUUUGUUUAUUUAAGAGAAUUGUAUGUUUUUGCUCCACUUAGUACUGUAUAGUUAUGGCUCAAUAGGCUAUAUUGUAGCUAAUAUUAGCCACAAAUUAAAAUCUUGUUGGUGGCUUGGUUGAUGAUACCUAAGGUACAUGUUCUAACUUGAUAACAAUUUGGUGUCAUGAGGUCUCAGGUUAUAAUGCACAUCAUUAUUCAGCACCAUUGCAGUUGCUUUACCACAUAAAAACAAACAGCACAGUUUAAAAUGAUAUGGGCAAGUGAAAUACUUUUUCUUUCUCUCUCACAAUGGGCAGCUUAUGCCCUUAGUAUUAACUGUGUGCCUUUUUGUUAUCAGUGCCACGUUGUAGGGUUUACAAGCAAUUAAUUAAUUCUUUGACAAUGGAUACACUAGCGAUGUAGCAGUUUAUGUGGCUAAUUGGCGCCAUUUUGGUCUGAGAAGGCAGUGAUUGCUCGCUUUAUAUAAAAUGUUUAAGAUUUGAACAAACACUAAAAUAUCAAUAAUUUAGAUUCACUUUAUAAUCUGUACAAGGAAAGCUCAACUGAAUUAAUAACUAUCUUUUAAGAUAUGCCUUUUGCUGCAUUUUAUAUAAAAGGAGACAAUAACUAAACUCUGGGAAGAGGAAAGCAGUUGAGAGCACCAUUGGGAUGCCCUCACCAGACUCCAUUUUGGUUCGUAGCUGGCAGGGUUCUGGUAUCUGGCUGCAAUUGAAAGUGGCGUGCUGACGCAGUGGAUCCAAGGUCACCCGCUGAAGCUUGACUGCUUGAGCUUGAUCCUCGAAAUGUAGUUGAAUAAAAAGUCAACAGUUUUAGUGAGAAUGAGUGAAAAUUGGGCAAUUGGGGGGGGGGAGUGGGUUACUUAAAGAACCUCUUCCAUCAUUAUUUCAAAAUAGUUUUAGCUUCAAUUAAGUAUUUAAUUUGGAAAAUCAGAAAUAAAAUAAACAUUUAAAAUUUGUGAUCAUCAGAGUACUUUCAGAAACGAGUAAUCAGCAUUCUCCUUUAUGUAUAUUUUGUCUGAAUAUUGACAAAUAUUCCAAGCAAGAUCUGGUGCAGUCCCCAUUCCUAAAAAGGAAAUUUAGUUCCUUGAGAUGAUAGAACAAGAUGAAUAUAGCUGUGAUAUUCUAAAGGGAAAGCUUACUGAAUUGCUCUAAACAUAAAUAUUCAGAAAGAGUGCAUCCAUCUGCUGUCUGGUUUCUGGUCCUUUUCAUUAUUACAGAUUCCAAAAGAGUCCUGUUGUGAAAUGUCCAUUGAAGUCUUCACUCUAGUCCCCCAAAAUAGACAGCCAUUUGUGUUAACUAGGAAAGCAAGAUUCCCCCCCCCCCC